AUGAUGACCAAUCUGCCUUGGCAAUUUGCAUCAUCAUAGAGAGGAGGGCGACAACUAGUACAAGGGUAAGUUGGACUGCCUAUGUAGUUAAAAAUGUUUUGCCAAAGAAUACUAUUGGCUGUAAUAUGUUUACAUCUGAAUCCAGCUAUAGGAAUGAAACUAGAUGUUAAUAUGUAAUAAGGAGUUGAGGAAAGAAAUAUAUCGGUAAAAAUUAAUCAUCAUACUAAUAGUGGAACUGAUGCAAGAGUAUUUAAUCUAAGAUUCUUAAUCGACUUCACUUAUUUUGAUCCCCAUUAAGGAUGCAUUCUUUUUUAUGCUGGAGGGUAUAAUGAUAUUUGGCAAUAUUAUAACAAGUCAGGAUUCAUAACAUAAGUCUUGGCCAAAGAAUUGAAAGCUCUGAUACUAUUUGGAGAACAUAGAUAUUUUGGAAAAUCAUUUCCUUUUGGUGACUCAAAUACUAGUUUUGAUGGGGAAAAUGUUGCCUACCUAACAGUGGAGCAAGCUAUGAUGGAUUAUGUUAUCCUUUUGAGAAUAAUUCGUACAUAACUAUUUCAAUAGUAUAAAGUAAAAUCAGAUUAUGCAGCUAUUGUAGUGGGUAGCUCAUAUUCCGGACUUCUAGCAGCUUGGCUUCGUAUUAAGUUUCCAUCAACAUUUUAAGGUGCACUUGCAUCAUCUGCCCCAAUGAGAAUGACUGAUAACUUAUCUAUUGACCCAAGUGCAUUUCAUGUCCAAAUCACUAAGAUAUAUGAAUAAACCAAUAACAAGUGCCCUGAUUUGAUACGAAAAGGAUUUAGUGCUUUGAUUUCUUGGAGUUAAGAUCAAAGUAGGUUCAAAGAAUUAUAAGAUAUAUGGGACACAUGCCGUGAGCCUAAGACUGAAAAUGAUGUCAAGAAUAUUAUAACUAAGGCUACUCUUUCUUUGACAAAAUUAGCAGUGGUUAAUUACCCUUAUCCAACACAUUUUAUGGCUCCCUUGCCUGCUUGGCCAGUAGCAGAAGCUUGUACUAAAGCAUUAGCUUUGUUGCCUGAACAUCCUCAGCUAAGUGAUUACAUAAAAGCAUUAAGCUCAAUUCAUAAAACUUUCAAGUGGCCAACUUGUCUACCACUUCCAGAAGAUGAAAGUGCUUCAUUAUACAAUCAAGUAUACGACUACUUCCACUGCAAUUAGAUGAUUUCAAAUUCUCUAUAUACCCGUAAUGGAGUAAGUGAUAUGUUUUUGCCAGCCUAAGAUUGGGAUCAAGAAGAAAUGACAAAAUGGUGCUACGAUAAGUACAAACUUAUUCCACAAUAUGACUGGGUCCUUGAUAAUAUUGGAGGAAGAGACCCUAAGAAAGACUUUUCUUCGAUUGAGAAUAUUAUAUUCAGCAAUGGAGAGAUAGACCCUUGGCUUUACGGAGGAAUAACAGAAGAGAUAAAUGAUAGAAUCAAAGUUAUAUUGAUUCCAAAUGCAGCUCACAGUUUAGACUUGGCUACACCGAACAGUGCUGAUCCUCCUUCACUUAUCUAAUCAAGAUUAGAAGAAAUUGAAACAAUAAAAUCAUGGAUCCUAAAGUAUGAUAGCAUUGGUAUAUCAUAAAUAAUUAAACCAAAACAAGAGUUGUGA